CGACAGAAUUCCACAUCAACCAACAUAUAUUGACAUUAUUAUUGAAGAAAAAAAUGCGUGAAAUACUUUUUGCGGAUCACGCACAGACGGCAAAUUAAUUCCGAGUGCAUGUUUGAAAAACGGUUCAUGUUCCCUGAUUCGAAGAGCUCACGGAUUACAGUUGAACCUUCUCCGACACGACAUUCAAAAACAGAAAUCAUGGAUCAUUUCAGUCCCGAAACGAAGAAGAGAGAACAACGCAGGUAUUCUGUCAAGCAUCUGCGAGCGAAAGGACAAUCGCUCCGGAUGCUUCUCCUCCCAGCUUUCCCCUUUUCCAAGGCAAUUCCGCCAUUUUCAUCAACAGCCGCCUUCACAGCCGCCACUUUGGCGGCUGUUGAUGAAAAUGGCGGAAUUGCCUUGGACGAUCUGGAGGCAACCCUAAGAAAGAAUGCCAACUGGAGAGGAAGCGUUUACAAGAUGGUAUGGAAAGAAGUUAUAGUUUGGUUAAUCAUCUACUUCACCCUGAACCUGAUUUACCGCUUCGCACUCGAUGACGUCCAGAAAAGACAACUGGAAGAUAUCGUCACAGACAUCGAACGAGGAAUUGCUUUCGUGCCGCUAACCUUUGCCUUGGGAUUUUACCUUCAACUCGUUCUAACUCGAUAUUGGCAAAAGUGGGAAAAUUUGCCGAGGCCGAAAACUCUCGCACUUCGAAUCGCAGGGUGUGUGACAGGAAAGGCGUUGCAACAACAGCAGCUGAGACGAACGGCAAUGAGACAAAUCAAUUUAACUUUGGUUCUUGCGUUGAGAAAACUCAGCUCACCAGUUCAAACAGCGUUUCCAGAUCUGGAAAGCUUGGUGGCCAAAGGGUUAAUGACGCGAGAGGAGCAGAAAAGUUUCCGAGCGUCGCAGCCGACGGCAGAGUUCCCAGAAUAUUGGAUACCUCUGAUGUGGGCGUCUGCAAUUUUUGACGAAGCCCGGCGGCAAAACAUGGUCGCCAACGAUUUCGCCUGGGCCAAAUUACAAGACGAAUUGGCAGACUUUAGACGCAAUUGCGACAAAACGCUGCAGACUGAAGUCAUCAGCAUUCCGCUGUCUUAUUCACAGGUCGUCAUAAUUGCUUGCUACACGUUCUACCUCGGAAGUAUCGUUGCUCGACAAGCGGUGACCGCGAGUAUAGAGAACUAUUUCCCUUUCUUCACCAUCCUCCAGACGACGUACAAAAUGGUGGACACGAACGAUGGCGAGCUGCCAGAGGCCAAAGAAGACCCCUACUGGCAACCCCUGAGAGACGGGCUCUUCAACCCGUCAACCCCGCACCACGAAAAAGCCCUCAAGUUGGCCUCAAACAAGGUCGCCGUCAGUGACACCAUCAUCUACAACCGACAGCAGCAGCAGCAGCAGCAGCAGCAACAACAACAACACCAAAACCAACCCGGGUUCUUCGUAAGAGACCCAAACAAGGACGCCUUGAACUUACCCAACACUCACUUCCGCGGUCCUCGUUGAAAGAAAAAAAAAAAGGGAAACUAUACACAGGACAUUAUGAACAGAAGUCAAAAAUCGUAUCAUCCGUUCCUUUUUUUUCGUUCGACAUUUCACAAGAAAAAAUCGGAUGAUCAUUUGUUUUGAAAGGAAGAAGAAGGCAUUCAAAUUCACCUCGACCGUCUCGUCUGAAUGAAAAUAAAGGACGACUCUCUUUUUGAAAAAAAAAAUA